UGUAGGUUAUAGCGUGUUGUGAUUUGCAGAUCGGCAAUUAUAAUUCGACGCGCUAUUUUUUUAGCCAAAAAGCAUUAAAACCACGUAGAUUUAAGAUUUUACUAAUGCAUCUAGUUAAAAUACGGUUAAUCUAACUAGUUUCAUUUCUUUAUUUUAAGUAAAUUCGAGCGUAACUGUGGGUAAACUUAUAACUAAACAUGAGUAGUGGAAAUUGGGGUAAUAGGAAGCCAUGGGGCGGUCGAGGUCGUGGGGGCUUCGGAGGCAGAGACCGAGGCUCCAGGGGAGGGGUCAACAAGAACUACAGGGGGCAUAAUUUUGGAAAUAACAGGGGUUUUCGUGGAGGCCGUCAGAAUGAUUAUGGCGGACGCGGACCGCCUCAACCGUUUCAGAACUAUGGAAAAACGCCGCGAGAUAUGCCUGGGAAGAGACUGUCGGAGGAGGAGAUUGGUGUUACUGAGUAUAUCAACGACCAUGAGGGAUUUUUAGGUGUGAUCAAGUCCAGAUACUCCGACUUCCAAGUGUCGGAGAUCAACCUCAAUGGUGAAAUAGCUAAGCUCACCAACACCAAACCUCCGCAACCCCCCGUAGACAAAGAUAUUGAGCAGGACGAGGAUCUGCUGUUGAACAAGUAUAAUGUGGAGAUCCUGCCGAUGGAUGAGUGGGACCGGAUCAAUAAACUGGCCAUGUCGGAAGCUAGUAGUGAGAAGGUUGAAAUAGACGUAACAGGCAUGUCCAAAGAGCAGCGGACCAAAAUCCAUGAUGCGGUGAAAAAGGCCUUCGGGAACAGUAUUGUCGGCAGCACCAUCGGAGAAGGUGACAAGAAGCUUGUACGGUUCGAAAGAUACAGAAAAGGAGGUUGGUUACCUACUGACAUAAACCCCUUCGCACGAGUUUCAACACAGGAUAUCAUGAGAGACCAGAAUAGAGAUUUUAGUGGUGUUUCCACACACAGCUAUGACAGAGCCGCCAGGCUAGCUAAUAGUAUGUGUAUUGGUGCUGUUUCGACAGUGCCAUACAAUCAUGAAAAUGCUCUGGCAAGAUCCCGUCUUUCCCACAGUGGUUUUUUCACUACAAUACCCUACGAUUUUACUCAACGGGACAGUUCUACUAUGCUCUCGCAUAAUUUUCAAAGUGUUGGUGGUGUUCCCACAAUGCCUUCUCUGUUUACACGACGAGGCAGUGUUUCUACACUAACCUCUGUCUUUACAAAUGAUGAAAGAAUGGCGCUAAGCCAUAGCCAAUCUAGUGGAAGUGUUGUUGGACCAGUGGCUUAUCCAAGCUCGGCGCAGGGUCUAAGCCGUACCCAGCUUGAUGGAAGAGUUGCUGGACCAGCUUGGAAAACUAACUCAGGCGCUCCGGGUCAUUCACUGAGUGAUAGUAAUCUUGAUGAAUCAGAGGCUUUGCCUACUGAUACUGAGUGUCAUGCUCACUCUAUAAUCAUAGAAGAUAGUAACGAUUCACCAGCAGUAUCUGAUGUAUCAGAGCAGACAGAACAAGACGCGAUAUCCGUACAAUUCGACGCUAAUUGGACUAUUCAGAAUCCCGGAAAUAAAACAAUAAAACGAGUGUCUGAACCUAUAAUUAAUGAAAAAAAGAAAAAGAAAAAUAGAAAACAGCGUCGAAAGGCUAGAGAACAAGCAAGACAAGCAAUAGAGAUGAACACAAUACCACUAUAUACCUGCCUACCAGAUGCUUCUAAAAACACAAAUUCAGUUCCAUACAAUACUCCUAAUAAAAAUGAAGAAAACCCGAAUAUAUCACGAAAAAGAACCACUGAGGAGGUCAUAUCUCCUGCUGAUCCUAAGAGGAACAAACUCAGUGCCAAAAAAAGGAAACAAGAGACAGUGUCGCAUAAAAGAGAUAACAUUGAUAAUAAUGUUGAGGCUAAGAGACAGAAAACAGAAACGACAGGAAAUAUAACGUAUGAAGAAGCUAUAAAGUUGGGUCUGAUAGUUUCCAUCACAACAUUAAAUGGACACUUUAGUCCUCAGCUUUCUGAAGAAUUUCAGCAAAAAAUACAAACGAGACUAAUGGAAGAAGCCAGGCAACCAAAUGCCAGUCCUGGCCCAAUAUUUAGAGGAAAGCCGAUCUAUUCCAACGGUGCUUUACGUCUUUGGUGUGAAGAUGAAACCACGCUAUCAUGGCUUAAACAUACCACCUCGACCAUAAACAUUUCUUCAGGAAAUAAAAUAAUUGUAAAGAGCCAAAGACAGGUUGAACCAAUGGUACGCUGUGGUAUAGUUUUACCUGGUAUUUGGGAUGACUUUAGUUUGGUAGCAAAAACAUUGAGGUAUCAGAAUGCUUGGGCAGAGGUCGAUCGUUGGAAACUGCAUAGGAUUGAAAAACAGGAGACCGAUACUUUUGCUGUUGUUUAUGUACCAGAGAUAUUGGUGAAAAAAAUUUUAGAGCACGGACGUCGCCUUGGCUUUAUGUUAGGUUCCGUAUAUAUAAAGUUUCAAGGUUCUAGAGGAAAGUAUUCUGAACUUCCGCCUCAAAAUGUUUUGCAGAAUAUGCAUAAACGUAUGGACAGUGCUAUAACCAACCAACAAUCCCAAACUUUGGAUAGGACUGACUCGAUUUUAGAAAAAGAUGUAGAAUUUGGAGAACAUUUGGAAAGUGAAAGAGAAGACUUUAUUAGACAUCACUCAGAAAGCGGAGACAAUACGCAGGCAACAUCAAUAGAAAGACAAAAAAAAAGAGAGGGAAUACCAAGAGAGGGUAUCCCAUUCUCUCAAUUAUAACUUCUAACAAGUAACCAAGACAACCUCCACCUUAAAAUGGCUUUAAUUUUGGUGGGGGUCUUAUACAGCCAUAUUGAUUUUAGAGCCAUGGAUCGGAACAGGCACAAUUAUUGGACAACGUGUAA